AUGACUGAGGAGGUUGAAAAGGUGAGCUUGCAUGUCUACGACUUAAGCCAAGGGCUAGCUAAACAGGUCUCCACUUCAUUGUUGGGGAAGGCUAUUGAAGGCAUAUGGCACACGGGAAUAGUGGUAUAUGGUAUAGAGUAUUAUUUUGGUGGUGGGAUACUAGAGACUCCAGUUGGAACAGCACCAUAUGGGACUCCAAUUGAAAUGAUUGAGCUUGGUGUCACCAAGAUUAAAAAAGAUGACUUUGUGUCUUAUUUAAAGGAAAUAAGUCCGCGUUACACACAUGAAACAUACAAUUUACUGAAGCAUAAUUGCAAUACUUUUAGCAACGAAGUUGCACAGUUUCUCGUUGGCACCACCAUCCCGCAGUACAUUCUUGACCUCCCUAAUGAUGUCAUGAACUGUCCACUCGCCCCUCUAAUGCUGCCGAUGAUACAAAAUCUGGAGUCUCAGUUGAGGGAUAAUGAAGUCCCGCAAGUCCUUCAACUCGUAGCACCGUUACCAGCAUCAGAAGGCAGCAAAGGUGAAGGGUCGGAGGUGAAACCGAAGAAGAUUCAUGAACCGCUGGUCGAUCCACUUGGAAAUGCUCGGACUCAAGUGCAAGAUGACAUCGCUAAGGAGUUUGCUGCACUUAGGGCUCAGGGAACCUUAAGUCCCAGUGAAGCUGCUGCACUUGCCACCAGGAAUGUCAUGCAAAAAUAUGGAUUCUUGGAUUCCACUUCCAAUUCCAAUUCCAUUUCCGAUUCCAAGUCUGAUUCCAAGUCGGACUCCAAGCCCAAUUCCAAGUCCGAUUCCAAAUCCAGUUAAAACUUGGUUAGUUUUAAUGGCGUCUUUCUGAUUUUUCUAACCUUCUGUUCGUGUGUAGAACGAUCGAUGGGACAAAAAUAUUAAGGGCGUUUUGUUUUGUUUUGUAGCACGGCUUUUAAGAAAUAUCUAUAUGGACCAUUUUGUCAAAUAAUGUCCUCCUUGGCCCUU